UAAUAAUGCAACUUUGUAUCGAGCCAUGAUUAUAACCGAAUUUAAAGCCAAAACCUCAACGAAUACCAUCGAUCAACCUCAGUCUUCACCAGAUUUGCUUCCGUGUGAUCUUUUCUUGUUCCCCAAAGCUCCGAGGAACCCGUUUUCAAUCGAUCGAAGAGGUAGAACAAAAUCCGCUAAAGGAGCUAAAGGUCAUAUCAAAAAGUGCUUAUAAAAUGUUUUGAGGACUGGAAUAAUCGUUGGCAUAAAUUUAUUACAUCUGGUGAGGAUUACUUUGCAGGCGACAAAAUAAAUAUUUUUCCAGAAAAAAUCUUAAUUGUCAUAUCUGUGGAUUAUAUUCCCUUUGAUCCCCUUCAACCACACCACUGACAAAAUCCAUUUAUAUGUAUGUACGUACCUGCAAACUUUUGCAUUACAGUACCAUGCUUCAAUUAACUAUUUCUAACAUAAAAAAGAAAAUGCAAAAAAACUCUUGAGCAGCGAUUUUCCCGAUCUGGUCAUUUCAUUCAGCAAACAAGCUAAGGUAUAUGCAUACAUACUCAUACGCAGCUUUAAAGCAUCGAUCACUUUUUCAGGCGUUCCCACGCAAGUUUUCAGCAGCACGCACUGAAAUAUAUACAUACAUAUGUGCAUACAAACAAACACACCGAAGUGCUGGAACUUUGGCAAAUGCAUUGAACUACACGCUUCACUUUUGGAUUUGGACUUAAAAAGCGCCCGGCUUUCGGCCACUACUCAGAUACACAGCAGAUACGGUCUAACGCAGAACGGACAGCGAACAAGCGCGAAAAAAUUUUAAGAUUUUGUUAUCUAUUUCAAAAUUUUCAUACAAGAUUCAAAAAAUAAAUUUCGUUUCCAAUAGUACAAAUUAGCAAAUUCAAAAUAUUUGAUUGAGCAACUUUUGAAUUUGAAAGGAAUCUGGUGCUAGUGUUCAAUAUGAGUGUUAAGUGCAGUGUUUUUUGGUUUUCGAUGGCACUGCUGUGCUUGACGAAUGCCUUCCCGGAUGGUGCGCCCGCCGACACUUGCGUCAAACAGCGUGCGAAUCAACCGAAUCACGGCAAAGCGCGCACACAACCCGGACAAACGAUUCCGUACGAAGUUGUUGCCGAUUCGGAAACAUUUCAUCCUGGACAACCAAUUUCAGUUUCGAUUUACCCCAUCGAUCAAAAGUCCACCUUUCGCGGAUUCUUUCUACAGGCGCGCGAUGCCAACUCCAACGAAUGGAUUGGUGAAUGGAUACAAAGUGAGAAUACCAAAACUAUACCAGAAUGUUCAGCCAUAACGCAUUCGGACAAUCGCGACAAGUUGGGUGCGAAACUGUUUUGGAAGGCGCCACAAAACAAACGCGGCCGUGUUUACUUUAC